UCAUAACUUCCGAUUUGAAUAACAAAAAAAACGUUUGUUUCUCGUUUAUACACAAAUAAAAAAAUUAUGUGUGGCGGUAAAUGCAUCUAGCAUUUUGUUAAAUACUUAAAUUAUUUCCCAAUUUUAAUCGUGAAUUAAUGUUAAUAAGUAAUAUAUUCCAAGUGCAUUGUUUAGUAUUUUGUUUACACACCAACAAAUAUGGCUGAAAAAUUAGAGGAUCUAAAUCUUCCAAAUGCGGUUGUAACUAGAAUUAUUAAGGAAGCCUUACCAGAUGGAAUUUCAGUUGGAAAAGAUGCUCGGCUCGCAGUUGCAAAAGCUUCUUCGAUAUUUAUCCUCUAUUUAACAUCCACGGCGAAUUCGAUAGCAAAAAAACAUAAUCGCAAAACAAUAAGUGGUUCAGAUGUUAUUCAAGCAAUUGAAGAUAUUGAGUUUGAUCAAUUUAAGUCACCAUUAAAUGAGGCCUUAGAAAACUUUAAGAAAACUCAGAAAGAGAAAAAAGAUGCUACAGCAAAAAAGAAGCAACUAAGCACAUCAAAACCAGAUGAAGAUACUGGAGAAAUGCAAGAAGACGAAUAAAUACAAAUUUAGAAAAUAGAAUUAUUAUACUCAUAUUUGACGUUAUCGGAAAAUCAAAUAUUUUUUAUACAAAGUACGAAGCGUCAUAAAAAAAAUUGAAUGUUAUUCUUAACUUUCUCUAAAAAAUUCACCGCAAUUAAUUUACAUAUAUUUACAAUUAAGAAAUGUGAAUAAACUAUUCUUGACGUGCAGGAAACACUGUCAAAAUGACUGAAUCUUUUUUUUUUACUGUAAAUUCACAAAACAGGAAUGAUUAUUUAUAAUUAACUGUUAAAUUAUUCUUAUUACAGCCAGUUUGUAAAAGUUUGUAGACAUUAAAAAUAUCAAUAAGUAUUUA